GUCGGUAAUUCAGAGCACGUGGCACCGAGUACCAUACACUUGCAGUAUCUAUCCUAUACUUCGGACUGUAAUGCAUCUAAUCCGAUUUCUGCUUACAAGCCUAAAAUUUUCUAUUAUCGGUAACGUCGAACGCGACACAAAAAUGGUUAGGGGUUCCUAGGAACCCCGGUAGCGUGUGACAAAAUUUUACAUUGCAUGUUACGUCUAUGACAGUUUAUCGUAUACCUCGUGUGUGCUGAAGUAAACAAAUUGAUUUAAUACGCUGUAGACGUUACAUCUUGUGCAAAACAUAUAACCUAAAUAGUGAUACAGUUGUUUAAUGACAUCAAUGUAACUAUUGCAAUAAUUACAAUUAAUUCAUGUUUUCUAAAUGUUAAACUCUGUCAAAUGAGGAAAGAAGGGCAAAAUUGAGCUGGAAGUAACAAUGGCGGAUGUUGUACUGAAGUAUUUGAAAAUACAAAACAGACCUUAUAGUAUUAAUGAUAUAGUGUCUAAUCUACACAAUGAAUAUGGUAAAACGGCAGUUCAAAAAAUUGUAGAUAAACUGAAGGCUGAAGGAUAUAUAUUUGAAAAAGUCUAUGGAAAACAAAAGAUUUAUUGUGCAGUUCAGGAUUCAAAUUUAGAUGUAGAGGAAUUAAUGAGGAUAGAUAAAGAAUUACAGGCACAUGCCAAUGAAGUUGAGAGCAAAUAUCAGGAAUUGGAAAAAGAGAUUAAAGUACAGGAAGCUUUAUUAAUGUCCAUUAAAUCUAGUAUCACAAUUGAAGAAGCAAAAGAACAAAAGGAGGUGCUCAAAGAAAGUAUUAAGAUAUUAACAAAUAAGUUAGAUGCAUUGAUGGAAGCAAGUGGUACCGAAGAUUUGACUGAAUCGAAAAGAAAAGCAGAGAAAGCACUGAAUGAAUAUUCUCGCGAAUAUGGAAAACGAAAACGUUUAUGUACUGAAAUCAUAGAUUGUAUAUUGGAAAAUUAUCCUCAUAGUAAAACUGAAUUAUAUGAGGAGAUAGGUAUAGAAGCAAAAAUUGUUUAAUAAUAGUAUUUUUCUGUCUGUAUUUCAUCGUUUGAGUGCCAAGCGGCGCGAUCGCGCUUUUCCGUUACACUGCCUAAAAGUGCCAGUCUAUCGGUUCAUAGAAUCAGAUGAAACUUAUUUAUUUCUUCUCCUCCUAAUUAUCCAUUUUUAUAUUUGUUAUUAUUCACUUAGAACUGAAAGAACGUAACGAUCGGUCUAUUUUAAAUUUGUGUCUGUAAAAAUAGAAAAGCGUAAUUCAGUUUCUAAAUUGGAACGAAAGAAGCGCAAUCGCGCUGCUUGGUAGUUUUUGACCGGGUUUUUGCAAAAACCCGUGGCACUCAAGUGGUUAAUGUAAUGUUAUCUUAUUCAUUAUAUUUAUAUACAAAUUUAUAUUUUUAUACUUAAAGUAAGUAGUUGUGUAAGUUAACUAUUAAUAUU